CGCAGCACGCACGCACUCCCAUCUGGCCCUCUCGUGAUUUUUCUAUCCACGCCGCUGGCUGCCUCCUCUGCCGCCCCUCCCGCUCGAUCGAGAUCUCCACCGCUGCCGAGAUCCACUGCGCCGCGGCCGCCGAGCACCGCAGCCGAGAUCCGCUACCUCAACGCGGGGGAGGCGGAGCCCGGCAGCACGACCGCAGAAACAGAGCCCCCCGUCAGAGCUGAGAGCAGGAAAAAAUCCAAUCCACCUUCCUCCCCCUCGUCUGCUUCGCCGGGCCGGCGGCAAGGGCGCAACCCCGCAAUCAACCCUACAAUGGCGGCGAGCGUGUCCGCCCUGGAGUCCGCUUGGCAGCUCCUGAUCGCCAACUUUACCGAGUUCCAACUCGCCACCGUCGUCACCUUCCUGAUCCACGAGACCGUCUUCUUCCUCUCCGGCCUACCCUCCCUCCUUUUCGAGCGAUUCGGCCUCUUCGCCAAGUACAAGAUCCAGAAGAAGAGCAACACCUCUGCUUAUCAAAACAGAUGCGUCCUGCGUCUCAUUCUCUACCAUGUCUGUGUGAACUUGCCUGUCAUGAUUUUCUCCUACCCUGCCUUCAAAUUCAUGGGCCUUAGGAGCUCUCUUCCUCUUCCACACUGGACGGUUGUUGUAUCUCAAGUUCUUUUCUACUUUGUACUCGAGGAUUUUAUAUUCUAUUGGGGGCACCGGGCACUGCACACCAAAUGGCUAUACAAGCAUGUCCACAGUGUCCACCACGAAUAUGCCACACCCUUUGGGUUAACUUCUGAAUAUGCCCACCCUGCUGAAAUUUUGUUCCUGGGAUUCGCCACGGUUGUUGGUCCUGCUCUUACUGGCCCUCAUUUAUUCACCCUAUGGCUUUGGAUGGUGUUGAGGGUAUUGGAGACAGUUGAAGCUCACAGUGGCUACCACUUCCCAUGGAGCCCAUCAAAUUUCCUUCCACUAUAUGGCGGCUCGGACUUCCAUGACUACCAUCACCGCGUGCUCUACACUAAGUCAGGGAACUAUGCCUCGACUUUUGUUUACAUGGACUGGUUGUUUGGGACAGACAGGGAUUACCGCAAGGCAAAGGCUGUCGAGGAGAAUGAAGGGAAGAAGCUGUAGAUCGCCAGUCAUCAGCAGCACUGGUAGCUAGCCACCAUGCAGCAGAGAAUUCACGGAUUGAGACUGAGUAUAUCUGUGUGUAUGGCUAGCCUGAUGUGCAAGACCACAUGCGCAACAACUUUCCGUCUUAGAAUCAGCCGCAUGCAUCGCAUCAAUGAUGUAUUCCCGUAUGUAUGUAUGUAUGCUUGCGUGUUGCAACUUCUUAGGGUAGAUCAGUGGUGCUUGAUGGGUCUUCCAAUUAACUCAACUGUUUCAGUUUGUUGGCUGCUGGUUCCUUUGCAUAUAUUAUCACUUGUUCCUAGCAGAGGCAUCUUUGUCAGACCUAGCUAUUGUACAUCUGUAUAAUGUGUCUGAUAGAUGUACUGGGCUUGGCAGAGAAACUAUUGUCUUGCUCUUGCAGAACCAUCCAUUCAAAGAGU